UUCUAUUUCUGGUGAAUCGACACCGCCCUCCAUCGAAGCAUACUAAUUCGUUAUCCCAGAGGGCGGCGAGGCUGAGAAUUGCCAGCGUGAUUUGCUGCCUAAUAGGGAAUUCACACCAGGCAUGCAUCAUGUACCUGUUUAAAACAGUAGAAAAAAAUUCCCCCAACCCCAAGAACAUUGAUAGAAUCACAACAAAAAUUGAAAAAUUCUCCCCUCCUGUUCUGCACUCCAUGCGAUGCAGAGUCGAUCAUUAAAUGUCAAGCCACUCCCCGCUCCGAUAGACCAGUUAGGGCUCAACCGCUGCAGGAGUAAGCUAUGGGGCUUUGGCCGCUGCCGUUUGGCCCUGCGUCGCUCGCAGCGUUCUUCUGCCGCUGGUGGCAUCAUAUCCGCGUGAGUCAAACCGUCCUCUCCCCACAACCACAACCGCAACCACCGCGAUACCCCGAACCAUCCAAUGCCCCUCUCGACGUCCGAGCAAUCUCUCUACAGAUUCUAUCAGACAUGUCGAAUUCUACAGACCCGGAGGUAACUUCUGCGCCUCCGGUCGCCUCAGCCCCUGCCUCUGCUGCGCCCGUCGAGCAAAAACCGGCAGGGGAAGUGAAGCAGGAAAAGCAACAACAACAACAGCCUUCUGCAAAGCCAAAAGAAACGAACGGUGGAUCUAAGCCUGCAAAACAGCCCAAGCCAGCAGAAGCCUCUGCGGAUGGAGGGGCUGUUGGCGGUACAGAAAAGCUCACGGGUGCGGAACUGAAGAAAAGGGCGAAGGCCGAAAAGGCAGCCCGGCGAGCGAAGGAGAAGCUCGAGAGAGAGCAGGCGGGUGGUGCGGGCGCACCAUCACAAGCACAGGCUACUCCAAAGAAGGGCCAGUCUGCCGGUGGGAAAGACGCUGCAGCUUCACAGUUACAGAAGGGCCAGAGACUGCAACCCCCUCGGCGGGGUUCUGCCCAGGCUACGGCCGCGGAAACGAAGAAGGAAGAUAAGAAUGUUGCUGUCUUUGGUCAUCUUUAUGGACAGCAAAGGCGGACCACAAUUGCUGGUGCUGGAAAAGAAGUUCACCCCGCUGUGCUAGCUCUGGGCUUGCAGAUGAGGGACUAUGUCAUCUGUGGUAGCAGUGCACGAUGUGUCGCGACUCUGCUUGCCUUUAAACGGGUGAUUGAAUCCUACACUACGCCUGUGGGCACAUCUCUUGCUCGUCACCUGAUGACAUACCUAUCUCAUCAGAUCACCUACCUAUCUACCUGCCGUCCACUCUCUAUAAGCCAGGGAAAUGCUAUUCGUGCGUUGAAGCUGUCAAUCUCAUCUAUCGACCCGGCGGUCCCAGAGGCUACGGCUAAGACAAAUCUAUGUGACUUUAUCGAUAGCUUCAUCCGUGAGAAGAUCACUCUGGCAGAUCAAGUAAUCGCCAGUAAAUCCGCCGAGAAGAUUCAAGAUGGUGAUGUGAUUGUCACAUUUGCAGGAAGCUCGAUCGUAAAGCAGACCCUUAUCACGGCUCACGAGCAGGGCAAGAAGUUCCGUGUUUCAAUCAUUGACUCACGCCCCUUGUUUGAGGGCAAGAACCUCGCCAGAGCCUUGGCGAAUGCAGGACUGGAGGUGCAAUAUUCGCUCACUCACGGUAUCAGCCAUGCCAUCAAAGAUGCCACCAAAGUCUUCCUGGGUGCCCACGCGAUGACUGGAAAUGGAAGAUUGUACUCGCGUGUGGGAACAGCGCUCGUUGCCAUGUCCGCCAAGGAGCGUUCUGGCGGUGCAGAGAUCCCUGUCAUUGUGUGCUGUGAGACAGUCAAGUUCACCGACCGUGUGGCCUUGGACAGUAUCGUUGUCAACGAAAUCGCGGACGCGGAUGAACUGGUGGCCGUCGACCCACCCACGCAGGUCACUGGCCUUCCAGACCCCAAGGGUGCUCCCUCAGAACCAAAGCAGGCGAAAGGCAGCAAAUCGAACAGUGGCAGCGCCAAUAUCGAGAACUCCGCGAAUUCAAUUCUCAGCAAAACUUCACACUCCCCGCUCAAGGAUUGGAAGGAGACACCUAACCUGCAACUACUCAACAUUCUAUACGACGCUACUCCGGCCGAGUACGUGGACAUGGUUAUCACAGAAAUGGGCAGUCUUCCACCCAGCGCGGUGCCAAUCGUGCACCGGAUGAGCACCAACUCGUGAACUGGGUGCUUGUACGCUUUAAAGCACUCUUCGCCCCUGAAGGGGCUAGCAAAAAUGAUACUCCGGAAAGCCCAAUAACCGCGCAAAUUACUGGGGCAGCGCAGUUCGGAACCCGCAGCGAACAGCACACUGAA